CUUUUCCACUAUUCUGGGAUUCACCGAGUUUCUACAUUUUCGUCAUUUUUCCCUUUGUCAAUGAAAGUGAAUCGUGUUUUUUCAACUGCACUAGUUAGAUUAGUAGAUUAGGUGCUAGUUCGACAUGAAAGUUACAGAUUUUUACUGUGCUUUGGGCAUUUUCCUUCUGAUCUUAGCGGAUUCCGCACUGUGUCAAUUUCUCAGAACUGAGUCCACAUGGAAGAGCAAUGGUCACAACAAUCACACAAAUGUCACAUGCGAUAAGCAUUUGAGUCACUUUGAAGACGCCUCCAAAGACUUUACCACACAGCUUCUUCUCAAUGCCGUCCCGGUGACUUAUUGUAACAAAUCUGUGAAGCAAUACUUGCGGUUUGAGGAAACUUACAAGGACCUCUUGACGGCAGUGGACAGGACCAAUGUAUCUUGCAAGGAUAUCUACUUCAAUGUGGAUCGUCUGGGCGUUGUGGAAACAAUAUACAAUCAGCUGCAUCAGAUGUGGCUGGUGGGAUUCUGCGACGAUUGCUACGCCAAUGUGUCCUCAGCCAGUCUCUCGAACACGACGAAGGACUUCUACUACUACUUGGAGAGUAUACAGCAGUGCAUCAGUGAUAACAAAGCCUCCGAUCCCUGUCUCAAGUGCAUGGGAAGCUAUCAGAAGUUGAACGACUUCUUCGAUGGCAUAAAGAAGGAGAAGGAAGAUCGCAUCUGCUUUGAUCUGCAGGAUGCCAUGAAUCGCACGAGGAUUAAGUGGUCGGUUGAGCUCAACUGCUGUCGGGAUAGAAAUUCCUCAUUGCUCUUCUUCUACAUCAUAAGUGGUCUGAUAGGAAUUCUUCCGGGAAUUUUUUACUUAGUAGUUUUCAUAUGGCAACGACAUCAGGAGCGUUACGAUUUACUCACUGAUGACCAAGAUAUUACAGCUUCUGCAGAGACUGGGAGUGCCAGCAUCCAAAAUGUGUCUCCGAACCACGAGGAGAGUCAACCAGGACCUUCUCGAGUCAACACGUCAUUGCCUACGGAUGAUUCCGGCGAUGCCAGCAAGAAAAAAGCCCAGCAAUCAGUGGAUGAGUCAGACGACGAUAUGAUUGCGAACUAUUCUAAGUGAGUGAGUGCAUGUGUUU